CCUCUCCCUCUCUCUCUCUCUCUCUCUCUCUCUCCGCAUCGAAAAAGCUCGUACCUUUCUCCUUCCAGAGCCGUCUAGCGAAAAGACCCACGACACUCCACCACUCUCUCUGUCUGUACUGCGGUUCUGCGUUCUCUGUAGGCUUCCUGCGCAUCUGGGUCCCCGUGUUCCUGCGGCUGCUCCUCCAUCGCGUGGAGAGAAAAUGCAAGGCGAGGAAGUCACUGUGCGCAACCAUGCGGCGGCCGGCGGCGGCGGCGAUGGCGGCGGCGAUGAUCAGGCCCGGGCGAUGGACAUAUACCCGCUGAGCAGCUACUACUUCGGCUCCAAGGACGCUCUCGCUUUGAGGGAGGAGACCCUGGCCGAUCGCGUCCAGAGGAUGAAAUCCCAUUACGCGGCUCAUGGAUUGAGGACUUGCGUGGAAGCCGUCAUUGUGGUUGAAUUAUUCAGACAUCCUCAUCUGUUGCUGUUGCAAGUGAGAAAUUCCACUUUUCAGCUGCCCGGAGGUCGAUUAAGGCCUGGUGAAUCAGAUGUCGAAGGGCUGAAACGCAAGCUGACCAGCAAGCUUUCUGCCAAUGGAGCUGGCGAUGAGACUCAGUGGGAGAUUGGAGAAUGCCUUGGGAUGUGGUGGAGGCCUGAUUUUGAAACUUUGCUCUAUCCUUACUUGCCACCUAAUAUUAAGAAGCCCAAGGAGUGCACAAAACUCUUUCUUGUGAAGUUACCUGUAAGUCGGAAGUUCAUUGUUCCAAAAAACCUGAAAUUGCUUGCUGUACCACUUUGUCAAAUUCAUGAAAAUCUCAAGACAUAUGGGCCGAUUAUAGCUGGAGUUCCCCAGCUGCUAUCGAAAUUUUCCUUCAACAUAAUUGAUUCCUGAACUGAUUGGGGUACUGUCUGUCGGUAGCAGGAGGGCUUAUGUUCCAUCGACUACUAAACAUACGUGUAGAUAGUAUAGUUUUUGAUUGGGCAUGGAGGGAUGUAUUUAUCGUGCUAUUAAUGUUGAAAAGGGUGUUUGGCUUUUGACUUAUGGUUUUACUCUUUUCUUGGAUUCAGUUUGUACAUAAUGCCAAAGUUAUGCAACUCUCUGGUUUAUGUUGCUCUUCAUAGAAACUCCUCUGGACACGAUUAUAGUUUCAAAUCAACCGUUUGAAUUUACA